AGUCCUCUGCUCUGUACGGCCGAAAGAGGGCAGCAAUACGCCGGUUUUGCGUCUGUUACCCGGCCGUAAAUGAGCCGGAAGAAGAAAAAGUGUGCGCUAGCUUUGAGUGCUCUAGCUGGAUAUCAAUACAUCAUAAAACUCUCUUGAGCGACCCAUAUUUAUAUUGAAAAUUACAUGCUACGAAAUACACAUCAAGGAUAGGCCACGAUCAUACUGGAUUGAUUUCAUCGGCCUCAGGAAGAUGGUCUCUAGCAUUUAAUCUUUGAAUAGCCUACUACCCCAAUGGAUUACCUUCAUCAGACAGAUGGAGGAGCAAAUACCUACAUUUGCACAGAAUGUGGAGAUGGGUUUAGGGUCUACUCUGCUUUGUUAAGCCACUUGACUAUUCAUGGGCCCUUGGAUUCAUUUUCCUUAGAUGGGUCCUUCAACGGGUUUGAUGUUGCCCGUGAAUAUAUGCUCCAUGACAAUGGCACACUUACAGUGGUUGACAGAUCUGGGCAAACCAACGGCUCUUCUAACUGUAAAUCGGUAUCUCCGAUUCUUGAAAAUCCCACCCCGUCUGAACCAGUUUACUCCUUUAAAUCAAAGAUCAAAGAGAGAGUCACUUCAAAGCCUCCUGUUGACAACUCAACCCCUAAAACGUAUGGAUGCGAAACAUGCAGUGAAUCAUUCAGCAGUCUGCGUGGUCUACAACAACAUCAGCAAUAUCGAAAGACAGAGGAGGGUCACAAGUGUACCUUGUGUUGCAAAGUAUUUUCCGAUAGAGAAAAGCUGAAGGGACACUUAGUGGAGCAUGCCCAUGAGCGAUUUUACUGCUGUGGUCACUGUGGGAAACGCUUCCUGAAACUGGAGGGUUUCUAUGUCCAUCAGAAAGAGCAGCAUAAAUCACCUGGGUCUAAGUCAGUGAACAAGUCAGACAGAAAUCAAGGAAACAGUGCAGAGAAGACUUACUCUUGCAAGAAAUGCAAUUUGCACUUUUUCUGGCUCUCGGACUUGCAGAGCCAUUCACUCAGCCACUGCAAAGAAUUCACAAAAAAAGAAUUUUCCAAACCCCCUGCACCAGAUGACAAAGUGCAGCCUCUGUUAAACGAGACAUCUCACAACAGUCUGAACAACAAUAUAUCUAUCAAUCUUAAGACCGAAGGCGACAUGGCAUCAGAGACUCAAUCGUGUUUUAGACCUUACAGAUGUGGUUUGUGUGGCGACCGUUUCCAACAGUUGGCCAAUUUAAAACUGCAUCAUUACUCCCAUCAAACAAAACGUGAUAUUGAUCAGACUCUGCCGAAGGGGAAAAAGCCCACUGUCGCAUCACCUUCAAAGGGUAGAGGUAGGCCCGCACAUAUCAAAAGACCCCCUGGUUCUAAAUCGCAUCCUUGCAAAUAUUGCCACCGUGUGUUCAAUCACUCCAGUAGCCUGUCUCGGCACAUGAGAUACCACAAAGGAACUCUUCACACUUGUGUAUUCUGUGGGAGACAUUUUCCCCAACGAUGUGAUGUCAGGAGGCACAUAGCCAUGUAUCACAAAAAGGAACUGGAGAAGAAGCCUGGGUUGAAAUACCUGGCAUUGCACACCAAGCCAGAAGCUGACGCUGAAACUUUGAUGAAGUCAACUGAACACAAAUUUAAGAAGUAUUCUGACGUUGCAGAACUAGUUGCCGAUGAUGAGCGGAGGACAAAGCAACAGUCUAAAGCUUCUAAGCCAAGGGUCAACUACAAGUGUCAAGAAUGUGGGAAAAAGUUUGGACUGCAAUGCGUUUACCAAAGGCACUUACGAUAUCAUAAAAGGCAACCAACAAGUAAAACGUUUAAGUGCCCUCAAUGCCCUAGUUUCUUUAAGCAAGCGUCUGCUCUAAAGCGGCAUCUUGACAAUCACCCAAUUCAUUUGGAAGUAUUCACAGAUGAACAGAGGUCUCGAACAGGUUUCAGUCAGGACCCUGACCUAAAACAAGACGGUACAGCGGCUUUGGAGGAUGACGAAACCAUUGAGGACGUUGAGGGUGAUCAAGCGUCUUCAGUUCUUUAUGAAUGCACAGAGUGCACAGAGACAUUUUCUUGCUUGCAAAGAUUUCUACAGCACCAGACUUCUCAUGGGUCAGAUAAUGUUAAGUAGUUAAGCGGUGUACCAGAUAUUUAUGUUUCUUCUUAUUGAAGUCAGUUUUUGCUGGUACUUCCCGAUGGUCAGAUUGUGUUGCAGUCCUAAAUUUAUGCGUGUUAUUGAUUGAACUGUGACAGAAAAUGAGUGACAACUGUAAUUUCAUCUAGUCACCCUGAAUCAAAUACGAUCCCAAGUCUAGGUAGGUAUGUUACCCCAAUGUAUGAACAGAGAAAUUAUUAAAGCUUUCUUUUCCUUUUUUAAAGGAUCACUUGAAAGGAUAAUGUGCCUACUUUUAUUGUGUGGAUAAUUUGUAUGUAAUCCUAAACCAGUCACCGUCAGGAAGCUGACCUUUUGCCAUUUGUGUAUCUCUGGCAAACUUUUCCUGUUCUCUUCUAAAGUAAUUGUGUUAAACAUACAACAAUACGGUGUUUAAAGGAAGCAACAAACACUAAAUUAGAAUGUUUUUUGAUUUUUUUAUAAGAAAUUACUGUUGACAAAUUAUCAUUUUAAUAAAAUAAAUCUUAGCAUUGACAGCUAGAUACAUUUGAA